CCAAUUUCUGCUGGGAAUUCGGAGCCUUCCAUAUCCGGACCCAGGAGCUCGGAGGCGGCAGGACCGGUCGGAACCUCAGAGGGGACGAGUCACCAGGUUUUAAGAUGCUGCGAGUACAAGGGACCAAACUGGGCAGGCUGGGGCUCAGCUUCUCCAAAGGGCUUCAUCACAAAGCGGUGGUGGCCCUGAGGCGGGAGGAUGUGAAUGCCUGGGAGAGAAGAGCACCUCUGGCUCCCCGGCACAUCAAAGGCAUCGCCAACCUGGGAUACAAAGUCCUAAUACAGCCUUCCAAUCGGCGGGCCAUUCACGACAAGGAAUAUGUCAAAGCUGGUGGCAUUCUUCAGGAGGAUAUUUCUGAAGCUUGUCUAAUUUUGGGAGUUAAAAGACCCCCAGAGGAAAAAUUAAUGUCUAAGAAGACUUACGCAUUCUUCUCCCACACAAUAAAGGCUCAGGAGGCCAAUAUGGGUUUGCUGGAUGAGAUUCUGAGACAGGAAAUCCGACUUAUUGAUUACGAGAAAAUGGUGGAUCAUAGAGGAACACGGGUAGUAGCAUUUGGACAGUGGGCAGGUGUGGCAGGGAUGAUCAACAUUUUGCAUGGAAUGGGGUUAAGGCUCCUUGCUUUGGGACAUCACACACCUUUUAUGCACAUUGGCAUGGCUCAUAACUACAGGAACAGUGGCCAGGCUGUGCAAGCUGUCCGCGAUGCUGGCUAUGAAGUAUCUCUGGGAUUGAUGCCAAAGUCGAUAGGGCCUUUAACAUUUGUGUUCACAGGGACUGGUAAUGUAUCUAAGGGAGCCCAAGAAAUCUUCAAUGAGUUACCUUGUGAAUAUGUGGAACCACAUGAAUUAAAAGAAGUUUCCCAAAAUGGAGACCUGAGAAAAGUGUAUGGGACGGUGUUAAGUCGCCAUCAUCAUCUUGUCAGGAAAACAGAUGGUGUGUAUGAUCCUGUAGAGUAUGACAAAUAUCCUGAGCGCUACAUAAGUCGUUUUAAUACUGAUAUUGCACCCUAUACAACUUGUUUAAUUAAUGGAAUCUACUGGGAACAAAACACCCCUCGUCUACUAACUCGCCAAGAUGUCCAGAGUCUCUUGGUCCCAGGCAGGUCCUCUGUUGCUGGUGUGGAAGGCUGCCCUGCAUUACCACACAAGCUUGUAGCAAUAUGUGACAUUUCAGCUGACACAGGAGGAUCAAUAGAGUUUAUGACCGAGUGUACGACAAUAGAACAUCCCUUUUGUAUGUAUGAUGCAGACCAGCAUAUUAUUCAUGACAGUGUUGAAGGCUCUGGGAUUCUGAUGUGUUCCAUUGACAAUUUGCCAGCACAGCUUCCAAUUGAAGCUACAGAAUACUUUGGAGACAUGCUUUACCCUUAUGUUGAAGAAAUGAUAUUAUCAGAUGCGACACAGCCUCUUGAAAGUCAGAAUUUUUCUCCUGUGGUGCGAGACGCAGUAAUUACAUCCAACGGUGUAUUGACUGAUAAGUAUAAAUAUAUCCAGAAACUCCGAGAGAGCAGGGAACUUGCUCAGUCACUUUCAAUGGACAGCAAGAAAAAGGUCUUGGUUCUUGGAUCUGGUUAUGUAUCUGAACCUGUAUUGGAAUACCUGUCAAGAGAUAACAAGAUAGAAAUAACAGUAGGCUCUGACAUGAAGAACCAAAUCAAACAGUUAGGUAAGAAAUAUAAUAUUAAUCCUGUUAGCAUGGACAUUAGUAAACAAGAAGAGAAGUUGAGCUCCUUGGUGGCAAAACAGGAUCUUGUCAUCAGCUUGUUGCCUUAUGCAUUGCAUCCUCUUGUGGCGAAGGCAUGCAUCACAAGCAAAGUUAACAUGAUCACUGCAAGCUACAUCACACCGGCGCUAAAAGAAUUAGAAAAAAGUGUGGAAGAUGCCGGCAUCACAGUCAUUGGUGAACUGGGAUUGGACCCUGGUCUUGAUCAUAUGUUGGCAAUGGAAACCAUAGAUAAGGCCAAGGAAGUGGGAGCCACGAUUGAAUCUUAUAUUUCCUACUGUGGUGGGCUUCCAGCCCCUGAACAUUCAGACAAUCCUUUGAGAUACAAAUUUAGCUGGAGUCCAGUGGGAGUUUUGAUGAACAUAAUGCAGCCGGCUACCUACCUGCUCAAUGGAAAGGUUGUGAAUGUUGCAGGGGGCAUCUCCUUUCUUGAUGCAGUUACUCCCAUGGAUUAUUUCCCUGGCUUAAAUUUGGAAGGCUAUCCUAACAGAGACAGUACAAAAUAUGCUGAGAUUUACGGCAUUCCAUCUGCGCACACUUUGCUGCGGGGGACACUGAGAUAUAAGGGGUAUGCCAAAGCUUUGAAUGGAUUUGUAAAACUGGGUCUUAUAAACAGAGAUGCAUUCCCUGCCCUUCGACCUGAGGCCAACCCUCUCACCUGGGUGAGUGACUCCAGAAUUACAUGUUGUUUGCUGUUCUUCAGAAAUGGUCAGAGUAGUGUAGGCCCUGGAGAGAAAGAUAUGAUUGUGAUGAGAGACAGUUUUGGAAUCAGACAUCCUUCUGGACAUUUGGAAAAUAAAACUAUUGAUCUUGUGGUUUAUGGGGACAUCAAUGGCUUUUCAGCCAUGGCUAAAACUGUGGGGUUACCCACUGCUAUGGCAGCCAAGAUGUUGCUUGAUGGUGAAAUUAAAGGUAAAGGCCUGAUGGGGCCCUUUUCAAAGGACAUCUAUGGACCAAUAUUGGAGCGAAUUAAAGCAGAAGGCAUUAUAUAUACAACACAGAGCAUAAUCAAACCAUAAUUGGGAAUUAUAUCUUGGUUUUAUCUUCCCAGGCACCGUAGCUCUGAACACUUGUGCAACAAACCUGCUUGCUAAUGUGCUGCUUUGAAAUAUAAAGCAUGAUAUUUUUUGAGUCAGUCAAUACAAUGAUGUUUUUAAAAUACAAAUCUCUAUUUUAAUAUGAAAACAUUUGGAGCAGGAGAUGCCAGUAAUUACCAGAGAAUUUCAAUAAUUCUACAUUCAUUUUUUUCAUGUGUAUGCAAAAGUGAUGAUUGUGCUAUAUGUUAAUUUAUUGUGCAACUUUUUUCUUAUAAGAGUAUAUUUUCCUAUGAUCAGCAGAUAAACUUUUUAGUAAGAAAAAAAUUUUUCACACAGCUAUAUUUUUGUAUUUUUCAAAUUGAUUCACUUAGAUACUCUUAGAUUACCUAUCUAUAAACCUUUGCAAUAAUUA